AUGAAAACUGUGAAGAAAGCUCGGCAGAAGGAAGGAUAUCCCCUGGUACCCCCGGAGUCACCAGCAGACACGGUAAUUCGGGAAACUGGAUAUAAGUACAUGUUGGUCAUUGUGGAUAUGGUCACCCGAUGGGUGGAGGCUUCUUCCACCCGGAAAAAUGACGCACGAACUGUGGAGAACUUAAUGUCUGAGUACAAGUAUCCAAAACUGCUGAGGACCGGGACGGAGCCGGAGGUUCCAGGGAAAGACCAGACAAUGUCGCUCUCUGAAGGAGUGUGCAAUUUGACGUUCACUGGGAAUCCCUGCCCCAACAAUUUCGCGGCCGGUGGAUUCAGAAUGGAGUGGAGAGCUCCUUCCGUCAUGACAAUAGUCAUCCUCAUCGUUACCGUCCUACUGGGCGUCCCGGGCAACGGCGCAGUCAUCUGGGUGACGGGCUUCAAGAUGAAAAGUAACGUCUGGAAUGUGUGCUUCCUGAACCUGGCUGUGGCUGACCUGAUUUAUUGCCUGUGUCUCCCCUUAUACAUCAUUCUCCAGCUUGAAUGCGUUUAUUUCUGGCUGCUUGUAUUACCCACUAUGUUCCUCGUCGCUUUUGCCAGCCUAUAUCUGUUAUGCCUGAUCAGCAUCUACCGCUGCCUGGCUAUUACACGGCCCAUCUGGUUCCAGCAACACCUGAGCAUCCCAUGGGUUCGUGUGACCUGCUUCGUGGUCUGGGUUAUAGCCAUCGUCAUCUUUAUGCUUGUAAUCCUCUCUCGGUGUUUUUUCAAGUGUGCGCUAAUUUGGGUUACCUUCACCUUCGCCCUCCCGCCCCUUGUAAUUAUGAUCAUUUUCUAUGCCCUCGUUGGCUGGAGGCUGCAAGGGGCCAGGUUCGCUGAGUCCAGGAAGCCCAUACGCCUGAUCGUUACCGCGAUAGCCGCCUUUAUGAUCUGCUGGCUUCCUAGCGUUCUCUACGCCCUCAUAUCACACGACUGCAUGUUACAACCUUCUGACUGGUACAUUCUCACUGAGGCCCUGGCCUCAUUCAACAGCGCCCUCAACCCUUUUAUCUACGUCUUCGCCAGCAGCGACUUCCGUCAGGUCUUCAGGCGCUCCCUGUUUGCCUCGCUCCAGCUGGCCUUCACCGAGCAUGAGCCAAAGCGUGAGACCGAGAACCGCAAUCCCACCUCAAAUACGAAUGUCUGA